AUGGGGAAGAAUCAAAGCAAGUCAGAACUUCCAAUGAAAAAUAAGGAGACUUCUAAGCAAGACAUGCUUCUACGCAAAGUGUGAGCUGAGUACAAGGAAGUUGCAUCCAAAGCUAAAUUGCAAAGAACUGCCUUGGAGAUCUAUUCAAAAGUUCAAGAUAAUCAUUUCAAAACAAGGAUUUCUCAAAUUUAUAGCUGCAUUGUUUCCACAAAGAUCCAGCUGCAUGCCUCGAACCCUGAGAAAUUAACACUCAAAGAUAUUUACUGCAAACAAAAAUAUGAGAGCUUGGAAGGCGAACUUGGAGACCUUCUAGAGCAAGCCCAUAAAAUGAUUCUGAUGAUCGGAGAUCAGCAAAUAAUCCAUGUUGACAAGUCAGGCCAAAAUAUAAAUGAAAAAAGUAUCAUUGCUCGGUUUGAGGAUAAUCUCCAGCAACAAUAUAAAGACUUCGACCUCCAAAUGCAGAGAGAUAUCAUACAGAUAUUCAGAGUUAGAGUUUCUCAUCUAGACCUAAAUAUUCAUCAGAAUAUCCAAUGGCUGCGAAAAUUAAAGUCUCUACCUCUUUCCAACCUAGAGAAUACAAUCCUAAACAAUAUAAGGUCUAGAAACUUUACUUCGCUAAGAAAUUUUCUUUGAAAUUUAUCCUGGAGAAGAGAGCUAUCACUAUAUCUUAUAUUUAGCAAUAGUGCAUUAUUAAAUAAGAGAAAAUGUCUCCAAAGCAUCCUGAAUAUCUGCUAUAAGGUAACAUUUCGCGUUAUCAUUUGAUUUGCAACUAUAAAUCAUUCUUCAUUAAUGAAGCUCCUUUCUGCCUGCCGGAAUACAAAGAGUUUAAUAUUUCAGAAUUGCAAGAUCUCUAUCCUAAAAGUGCCCGACUUCGGCCAUUCUUUGGAUGGAAGUACGAUUAAAAGAUUGGAAUUACGCAAUUGAAGAAUAAAUGGGUUGAUUAGAACUAGAGAACCUUUGAAUGGCUUCUCAAAAUUGGUAGAAGGACUCUCGAAGUCACAAGAUUUCAGAGAAGCUUUAAAAGUAUUUGCUUGAGCCUAUUCUUUUAAUAAUGAUGAUGAAAAAGAGGUGUCAAAAAUAUUGAGAGAGCAUGGAUUUGAUCAAACUGAAGUGUUGUGAAAAUAAAUAGUAAAAUUAUUUAUCCAUUUUGAAUAUUAAUAUU